CCCCGAUAAGAGGGGAGAUAGGAUGAAAGCUGUGUUGCUUUUUCUACCCUGGGGCACUAGAAAUUUAGUAUUUACUACGCUCCACUAAUUACUAGAUGUGACUAAAAGAGCUUCCCUUUUUCUGUGAUCACUUUCCUUCCCUCUUCUCCAUUGUCUCUUUUCCCCUCCUCGACACUCCAACUCCAACUCCAACCCCAACCCCAACCCCAACUCCAACUCCAACUCGAUCCUUUAUGCUUCAAAACACCAAAGAGAAGCCAGAGAGAGACAUAGAGAGCCAUGGGAUCUGAGGCAGAGCCAGAGUCACCAAAGCUACCCUUGUUCUCCAUUUCACACAUACAGUCAAAUGAGCCUUCUGGGUGUCUAACCCCACCCUUCUACAGUUCAGUUUCAGUACCAUUCCGAUGGGAAGAAGAGCCAGGAAAGCCAAGGCCUUGCACAGACCUUGCAACCAUACCAAACCCAGUUGACUUAUCCCCAAAGUGCUUGGAACUUCCUCCAAGGCUGUUGCUUGAGACCAAAUUGCUCUCACCCACCACAGUGUUGGAGGGUCCUUAUGUGGGGAGAUCAAGGUUUCAGUCCUCUUCUUUUAGGAUGGUGGGGAGGGACUGUUAUGGGUCUUUUAGCGCUGAUCAUGAGAGAUCAGGGCAGCAUGGUGCUUUGGUUAUGAGCAAGAGUGGGGUUAAGGAAAGAAAGUGGUUUGAUUCAUGGGGGAGGAGGGUCUGGAAGGGUAAAAGAGAGGUUGGUGGGGCUAAUUAUGUCUUUCCAUCAUCUGUGGAUGGAGAGAGUGAUGGUGGUGGUGGUGGUGGUGGUGGCAGUGUUGGAAAGAGUAGCAGCUUCAGGGUGAAGAACACAAGGCAUAGAAGGGCCAGGAGCUUUUCCAGUCUCUCUCAUUCAAGGCCUCAGUUCUGGGCAACUAUCAAACAAGGGUUGAAGCAGGUGGUUCCAUGGAAGAGUAGGAAAUCAAAACAAGAUGAGAUUGUGAUUUAGACUUGUCUCUGGGCACCAUGGUAUGUGUCCACACUAAUUACCUGUCAACUGCUGUAGUCAUAAAAAAAAACUGCUCUAGUCGUGUAAUAUUAUUUUAUUAUUUUAUGUGUAAAGAAAAACAACACCGGGCUCAAAGCCGGACCGUGUCCCAAAUGUCGGUGGACGUUGUAAUCACUAGUCAGUUAGUCCCCAUAGGGACAUUUGAAAUGAAAGUUUGUUGGCUUGAAAUGCA